AAAGGGAUUUGACAGCGGCUGGUCCGUCUGGUCCCGGAGCUGCUCUCAUCUGCUAGCUUUACUCCCUCUGUGCGACCGGGGGGGACAAAGCCAUGGCUGCGGCGGUAACCUGCGAGCAGCCGGCUCCUGUGUGCUCUAAAAAGGCGCUUUGUUCCCGGGAGCAGAGCCGAAGAAACCGGGAGAACUCCAAACGCAGGCAAGCCGCUCUUCUAUUUCUCAGCAAUAUCUCUCUGGAUGGACGGCCCGUGCAGAGUAACCCUCCCCGCAUAGAGAGCGACAUCCCCGGUGUCAGCGUGUGCCCGGAUGCCGUCGCGAACAACAACAACACAAGCUACGGGACUUUUACGAACAAUUUAGCUAGUUCCGACGUGCCCAGAGUUCUAACCGUACCGCCUAUCCUGGUGCUACCGUCGGACUCUGCGGGUGUGAGCGGUGCCGAGGUGCUGCUGAGUCGUCGGCGAGGAUCGUUCCCUUCGCCCGGGGACUCUAACCUCCUGUCGCCGCUGUCGCCUUCCCCGUCCAACGCCAGCCUGCUGCCCUCGCCUCUGGGACCGCGGAAGUCCUCCACGCUGCUGUCGGUCCACAGUUGUAACUCCGUGUCCUCCUCGGAGCCUCGGCAAAGGAUGAGGAACCUGUCCGGAGGCUCUCCCAGACCCCGUCACACCAAGAAGACCCACUUCAUCAAAAACAUGAGGCAGUACGACACCAGGGGAAGCCGGAUAGUCCUGAUUUGUGCCAAGAGGUCUCUGUGUGCUGCCUUCUCCAUCAUGCCCUACGGAGAGAGCUUCUACCUCAGUGACCCCACCCUGAACCACCCGCGGAGGAGACACUCAUCGGGAAACAUCUCCACCCUGGAGAUGCUGCCUGGGCUGGAAGGCUUCCACCUGGACACAUACGGCAGGUCCGUAUCGUAUGCCCAGUUCCUGUACCCCACUAAUGCCCUGGUACGACAGAAACCCUCCUCCACACUGGAGCUGAGCCAGACCCUGCAGCUCCCUGUGUCCAGGAGCGCCCACAGUAUAGCCCCUAACCGCAGCCGCCAGCCCAGCCAAAGCCACCCGCCCAGCCGCAUCAACAGCACUGUCGGACUGGAUUUGGGUGUGGAUGACUUCUGUGACUACGACCCAAACCUCCUCAGCGACCCCCAGUGGCCUUGUGGGAAACAUAAAAGAGUGCUCAUAUUUGCUUCCUACAUGACGACUGUCAUAGACUACGUGAAGCCGUCCGAUCUGAAGAGGGACAUGAAUGAGACGUUUAAGGAGAAGUUCCCUCACAUCAAACUCACUCUCAGUAAAAUACGCAGUCUGAAGAGGGAGAUGCGAGCCUUUGGAGAGGACUGUGGGCUACAGCCAGUCACCAUCGCCAUGGCCUUUGUGUACUUUGAGAAACUGGUGCUCCAGGGUCGACUCAACAAGCAAAACAGGAAAUUGGUUUCAGCAGCCUGCCUCCUAUUGGCUGCAAAGAUCAGCAGUGACCUUAAGAAACAGGAAGUCAAGCACCUCAUAGACAAGUUAGAGGAGCGGUUCCGAAUUAGUCGUCGGGAGCUGAUCUCGUUCGAGUUCACUAUCCUGGUGGCCCUGGAGAUGGCGCUGUACCUCCCUGAGAGCAAAGUCCUGCCCCACUACAGACGUCUGGUCCAACAGCAGCCUCUAUAGCAGCAAGUCCUCUGCACCACACUGUACUGAUACUCUGCAGUGACAUCACACUGGGCUCUUGUAUCUCUAUGGAGGAAUGUUUAGCAGUUACCAUGGAAAUGCAAUGAACACAUUAGCAAACACUGAAAACAAAAAUACAAAAUGGGUUUAAACAACCCAUGAUCAAUCCAACCAUUCAUGGUCCUGUUUUGGUUUGAUUUUCAACAAAAAGUGAGAGCAAAACUGUUAGCUAAUGCUUAUGCUAGCUUGGGACUGUAAUGCUAUAUGCAAAAGACUUGUUUAAGGGCACAAAUCAUCUCACCUGUUGUAGUUCCAAGUAUGUCAGCUCCUUCUAGUCAGACUGUGUUAAAAUAAAGAACACAUUAAAGUCUGACAGAGCUUCGGACAGAGCAGUGCCUGCUGUUAGCAUCACACUUCCACGGAUGUUUAUGGCAUCAGAUGCAAAGUGUCAAUAAGGACAGCACAUCCAUACGAGUUAAAAUGGCUGGGAUUCAAAACAUUAAGCUUGGUUUAAGUAGAUUGAUAUAGUUAGUUGUCUGUGCCAGUGCGUAUAACAGGUUUUCAUGUUUUUCUAAUUACUACUCGUUUUUCCAAUUUUAAUACAACUAACGUGUCAAUGAGGUAAAAAAUCAACUUUAAUGCAAAAUAAUAAUAAUCUAACUUUACAGAUUGCAGCAAGAAACUCUGCCCACAACCACAUUUCAAAUAGAUAUGCUAAACUUUGCAGUACCUGGAGGACUAAACAAAAUGGGUGAGGUCUGGAGGUAUAAGGAGCAGUGUGACUGGUCUAACACGUAUCCACACUUCAAACUCCACCUCUGCAGCUAAGUGUUUGUAAUCAGAAACACCUGCGUGAUGUCACAUAGUACUUUUUACAAAUUACAGAGGCAGCACACACUUGGUUUUAGACAUUAGAUUUCAGAUUUAAAACACCAUGUGCACAGUUUAGUAGCAAAUGAAGGUUAAUACUUUCACAAUCUGAAUUCCAGUUGUUUUAACAUGUGUAGUUAUUCUGUAGCACAAUCUUUUUAUUUUUUUUUAAUGUGAUGGGGCAAUCUAAAAUAAUGAUUUUAACAUUUCGAUGACAGCACUGUGACGUCCCAUAGAGGAUCCUAACCAGCCAUUCAGUUCCCUAUGCACCUUAAAACAAUAUGACAUCAAUACAUAGACCUACACAUCGUAUAUUAGACACUCCUAUUUCUAUCAUGAUUAGCACUAGCAACAGUUUGUGCUGUUGAGGACAAAACUAAAUAAUGAAAAUGAAAAGCACUAAAAUGAAAAAUAUUACCUGAUGAGUACAUUUAGAAAUAUACUUUGACUAUGCUUGAGUACAUUUUGCUAAAGUUUUACAAUAUGUGUUUUUUUCUGUUGUACCGUAUGCAAAAAUAUCAAAAAUCAUAUACGAAACGAUGCUAAAACUAAUAUUGAAGCUAGAUAGUCAUUGGAAAAAGUAUUGAUACUAAAAAAGUCACAUUCACAGGACAGAAAUGAACCUUUCCUGAAUAGUAUAAGACCAAAAUGACUAUCACAACCUUUGGAGCUUUAUUAAUAAUUGGCAAAGGUGUAUGAGUGUCAAUGGUGAGUAAUGCCAUUUUCUCCUGUAAAAGUGAAAGAGCUGCUACAUUUUAUUUACAAAUAUGCAAGUCUGCUAAAUAUUUAGUGUGUGUCUGACAUCUAAAACAAGAAAUAAGACUGUGUGUGUUGAUGAAAAACAUAUUGUAGGGUGAAAACAACAGCUCCAUGGUAAAAAUUAGGCCAACAAAAGGCAAAAAAACACAUUUUGUCUGUUAAGCUGCCCGUAGUUGUGCCCGUAGACUGUAUAUAUAAAUGGACAUAGCUAACCUGCUAGCUGCCACGUUACAAAUAGGAAGUGAUAUAUUAUACAGUCUAUGGUUCUACUUCGAUACCACUCAGUCGGGAUGUUGAGGCUCAUUGGACCACUAUGGAACCUCCCUGGAGGACUGAGGGAUUACACCGAUAAGGUCACAUGGGAAUAUAAAAGAAAGUACUACAGUUUCACGUUGAAAAUCACAUUCUAUUGUCUAAAGAAAGGGUGUUUUUACGAUCAUUAUGGUAUCAGAAUCAGUAUUGGGUCUAGUCCUUAGUAUCGAAAUUUGAAAUUUUAGUAUGAUGACAACACUAAUUUGCCUUCUUUGGGCUAAAAUAUAAGUCCUCAAGCAAAACUAUUUCACUGUAAUACACACAGAACAUAAACACAAUCGAAAAUGUAUUAUUCAAGUUGUGCUAAAAUGCGAAAUACAUUUUAGCACAACCUGAAUAUAUGUGAGUUUACACUUUACUUAAUUUUACAUGAGUUAUUUUGUAUUAUUUAGAUACUGUUUGCUUAUUUAUGCUUUAAAAUACUACUUUCUUAUGCUUUACUCUGCACUGUGAGAAAAAAUGAACUACCUAAACUGUAUAUUUAUAGAUUUAUAGACAUAAUGGUGUUUUUAUGUUUUGUAGCACUAGAUUUGUUUUGGCAUUAAACUUCGCAAUACUAAAGGAAAAGUAUCAAGUAUUAAUGCACAUAUUUUUGUAUCUGUGUAAAAUCCUGUAUAAAUGUAUUAGCCUAUUUAUUGCUAAAAUAAUGUCACAAUGUGUUUAAAUUGUACAGAAAAUAUUAUUGUCUGCUCUAUUUUAAAAUCCUCAUCAAAUAUUAUGGUCAAUCUUGUAUAUACAUUUUUAUGUUCAUAGUUUUUUAUAAUGAGUGCUACAUUUUUACAGUGUUUUAUAUAUUUGUGUCAAAAAUAUUUGGCACGUAUAUGUACUACUAUAUGUAAUGACAAUCAGAAAUGCUUAAAGGUGUACUGUGUAACUUUUCCGGUGGUUUGUAAACUACUUGCUUGUCUCCAUGGAGAUGUUAUUGCUUUGAUUUCAGUGUUCCACAGUAUGGUAUUCAACAUAUCUAUCUCCACGGUGACACCACCAGGCCAAGUUACAGGUGAGAUCUGUGAAGAGGUGACCCCUAAAAGUAAUAAAAAAUGUGUAAGAGUAAUUAAGAGAUACAAUUAAUGCCACACCGAGCAACAUUUCAGGCAAAGUAAUAACAUCUUCAUGGAGACAAGCCGCUAGUAGACCAGGAAAGUUACAUAGUGUGCCUUUAUAGCAGAACCUAUAGUAUGUUAGCAAAAAUGUUGUUUUUUUUGCCAUCAUAAAGUUCAAUCAUCACUAUUUUUAUAUCUAUAUUUUUUUAGUUUUUAUUUCAUAUACAAAAACUAUAUGGCUAAACAGUGAACAAGUUUGGCAUUUAAGCACAUAGACAAAACUCCAAAAUUUUGGUAAUAAAAUUUUGGCCGUGGCUUUUUGUCCUUAUUUGGUAUGACAUGGCAUAACUUUCUGUUUACUUUUCUCUAUAUUAGAGAUUUGUGACAUUUUCUAUGCAGCAUAAUGGUGUUUUGAUCCUGAUUGUUUGUUUUUACCUUUAAAUUAUGUUAUUGUAUUGAUUUUUUUUUUUAACUAAACAUUUGUUGUUGUUAUUAUGAUUAUUAUUAAUUGUAUUUAACCACUGUCUUCCAUGUUAUUCAUAUAUUAAAGGGGCACUAUUUUUGGUAGAUUUUUAUU